AUUGCAAACAUUAUUGUCACAUAAAUGUAAUUAUCUUUUCAAAAAGGAGGCUGGCUUGAAAGGGGGUGUUGGUCAUAGAGGCAUGACUCUUUUUAGUAAAAGUAGUGAACCUACUUGGAUAGUUGACAUGUUUAUUCUCUUUAAACUAGACCCUGAUUUGUGUUCUAGGUAAGGAUGCACUAAAAAUAAAUGAUAUAUUUAAUUCCAUAAAUUCGGUAUUAUUCAUGGAUUCGCUACUGACUAAUAGGUAAAGGCUAGAUUACUUUUUGUACACAGUCCUUGGCCAGAGGGAGUAAUCUGUCUAAGUGGUGUUCUUGCUUAGAUGGAUCAGACGUCCAAUCACAAGAGGAAGAGGGUGUUUGCUGCCGCGAGCUCUGGAGAUUUUCCACUUUCUUCUCAAAACGGAAAGGAAUCUUGUCCACAGGAUGGAAAGUAUGAAGUCCACUGUUGCAGACUCCUGUGAUACCGGCAAAAGGGUGAAUGACUUUAUAGAAAAGUAUACAGACGUGGGAGGCGACAAUGCGACGGAUCGUAAGGAGUUGGAGACAACGGUUUGCAUCUUUACAGGUCUGGGCCGUUUUGAAAAUGUGACUACCUUAUGUACAGAGCCUGAAUUAAUCACCGACAACACCGUUCUCAAAGACAGUACAGCAACAGACAAAAUGUUUAGCAACAAACGUUACAACGAUCGUCCAGAUGAUUAUAUUAAAUCCGAGCACAGUCCCUGGAUUCCCAGCAAAGUAUUUCAGAAGCACUCAGUGUCUCCUGAAAGUUCGCAAAGCUCAUCUGCGUCAAUUGCAUCACAGGGAGAGAUGUGUAAGUUUAUAAAAGAUGAGAAAGAACCAUCUCUCAUAAUGGAUCCUCGCGGUUCUGAUUUUGAUAUGACCUCAAACGUCUCUUCCAUGAACAGUUGUUACAACAAUGUCAAGAAACAGCAAUUCGACUUCAUGGUCGACGUGCCAUCGUUCCCAAACUACAGUUCUGGCCAACAGGUAGUUCUCAGCAGUUCUCCGACCAUAUUUGUCGAUUUGAACCAGAGUAACGCACGACAACCAUUUUCUGAAAUCAGAAGCGACUCUGCAUGUGUCUCCGGAAAAGGUAUGCAAAACUAUGAUGUGAUAAACACGCAGCCGUCUCAGCAGCAUCUGUUCAUGUGCAAGAACGAAAUGUCCCGAUGGCCACUUCAGCCCUCAGCAGCGGACAGUCAGACCUGGUGUCAGCCCUCCGGGAUGUCCGAAGAGCAGCAACAUCAAGCGGCAUAUCCCUCACUUGAUGGGAUUAACGCAGGUUUUCUUCAGCGGUCCUCAAACACCUACAACACAUUUUCUGGGCUGCCUCCCCAGAGAGUGUGCAUCAUCUGUGGGGAUGAGGCCUCUGGCUGUCACUAUGGUGUUGUCACAUGCGGAAGCUGCAAAGUAUUUUUCAAAAGGGCAGUGGAAGGUCAUCAUAACUAUCUCUGUGCUGGGAGAAAUGACUGCAUUGUGGAUAAGAUUAGAAGAAAAAAUUGCCCUGCGUGUCGUCUCAGGAAAUGUUACCAGGCUGGCAUGAUGUUGGGAGGACGAAAACUGAAGCGAUUUGGAGCCAUGAAAGCCAUUGGGUUAUCCCCAUCUAUGAUGUUCCAGUCUCCCCUUGCUCUCACAGGCGACGGCCAGGCCAUGACCUCACUGCCCUGCAUACCAAACUUAAGGGAACUUCAGCUCUCCCCACAGAUUUUAAGUGUACUGGAUAGCAUUGAGCCAGAGGUGGUCUACUCUGGAUAUGACAAUUCCCAGCCUGAUAUGCCUAACCAGCUUCUUAACAGCCUCAAUCGGCUUUGUGAGAGGCAGCUUCUGUGGAUUGUCAGAUGGUCGAAGUCUCUCCCAGGAUUUCGUAGUCUGCAUAUCAAUGACCAGAUGACGCUGAUCCAGUACUCUUGGAUGAACCUUAUGGUUUUUUCUCUGGGCUGGAGGACUUUUCAAAAUGUUUCCAGUGAAUACUUAUACUUCGCCCCUGAUCUCAUUCUCAGCCAAGAGCGGAUGAGAAAGUCACCAAUCUAUGAACUGUGCCUGGCAAUGCAGGUCAUCCCACAAGAGUUUGCCAAUCUACAGGUGACCAGGGAAGAAUUUCUGUGCAUGAAAGCUCUGAUGCUUCUAAACACUGUGCCUCUGGAGGGUCUGAAAAGCCAACACCAGUUUGAUGAAAUGAGACAGAACUACAUCCGUGAGCUGACCAAAGCCAUCCACAUUAAGGAGAAAGGGUUGGUGGCCAGCUCCCAGCGCUUCUUCCACCUAACCAAACUCAUGGACGCCAUGCAUGAGAUUGUGAAGAAGGUCAACCUGUACUGCCUGAGCACCUACAUCCAGGCAGACGCCAUGAAGGUUGAGUUUCCAGAGAUGAUGUCAGAGGUGAUUGCUUCACAGCUUCCAAAGGUGUUGGCGGGUAUGGUGAGGCCUCUUUUGUUUCACAAGUGAUGAUUCCUGAAGACCCAGUGAGGAUCACCCACAACAUCUUACCUAAGGAGACAUCUUAGGACUUUUUUUGAUUACUUUAUAUGGCAGUACCAUACUAUGUGCUCUCCUAGGUUUUUCUUAUCUAUGAUUCCUUGUUUUAGCAGUAAAUUCUUUGGCAAAAGUUACUCUUGUAUGAUCAAUAGUUUGUUGUAAUGACAUCAUAUUAUUAUGCCCAAACUGCACUAUUUUUAUUUCAUUUUUGUUACUGUGAGAUAUGGUAGCAUUUUUUACUUUGUGUAAACCCAGUAUCCGUAAAGCAUUAUAAACACAUUCAUAAAUGUUUGUAAAGUAGUCAUAAUGCAUCUUAGCGACUGACAUAAGUCUAUAAAACUAUUUAUAAAUUGACAUGACUGCACUUAAGCAUUAUGAUAUUAUGAUGAGCCCUACACAGCUAUUAUUAUGUCUGGGGAGGGGGGGGGGGGGGGGUCAAUAUUUUACAUGAAAUCUGAUAUUCAUUGUUGUAAUUAUUUCAGAUUAUUUGCAAUACUUUGCAUUACAUAGCUCGUAUUACAUUAUUCUCAUUGGGUGUCAAACAGCAGAUUGUUACUUUGAAAUUGUGUAAACCUGGUUACCAAGGGCUGUGUGAUAUAAAGUGUCAUUGAAGUUUUUUUUUUAAAUAUCA